AUGGAAAUUUUCGAAGAAGUUUCCCUGUGCUACAGGGAUGGCCCUAAGGUGUAUGUUCCAUCAGGGCUCCUUCAUGUUGACAAGGAAGGUAAAAAAUGGUUGAGACUCAGAGCUUCCAAUGUUGGCAUUGCAAAGCUCAUCCUCGGGCAUCUAGAUGAAUUCAAAAACCUGCAGAACCCAAGUUUGGCAGCCAGUCCACAGCUGAAAGUGCUCAUGGAUUUGGUGAAGGAAGCUGUGAAGUCUGUGGCUGAAGGUGACAAGUCAGGGGAAGAAGCCAGCAUGUUUGAUGAUAGCAGCAAAGAAGCCCCUCACAUGAAACCACCUUGUUGGAAACAGCUCUUUCAUGAUGCCCCAGAGACAGUCACAAUUCAAGUGGGAGAAGUUCAAGUACCAGUGAAAACACCAAGAUCGCUGAAAGAGACAGACUUGGUCAUUCCUUUGGAAGCUACAAUUCUGACUGCAGUUUGUGACUACAUCAUGGAAGAUGCUUCUGAUUGCCUGGCCAAAGGCAUUGCACCUCAAGCAGUGCCUUCACAUAUGGAGGGCCACAGAGGGCCUCGCGACUUUUGGGAAAAGUGGGCUUCUGAGCUGGAUGCAGAAUGGGAAGAGCAAGAGUGGUACAAAGAGCAAGCAUCCAAACCUGAAGUCAAAGAGGAACAAUAUGAAUGGGUAAAGGAAGAAGUGAAAGAGGAGGAUGAAGCCACAGAACCUCCAAGCCCACCAGAAGCCACCACAGAGAAGGUUAUGGAGGCAAGCUCCAAGGCAAAAGUCAAGAAGAUCACUGCAACAAAACCACCUGCUGUUGCAAGUGCUCCAAGUUCCUCAAGUGGAGUCAAGAUGGAGGAUUCUGAUGAAGAGCUCACCAGGAAGCUCUUGGAGGCUGUGGCUGGCCACCUUCCUGCACCACCUCCUGCAGCAGCUGGUUCGCCUCCUUGUCCUGCAGCUGGGGCCCCAUCAGCUUCCACAUCUUGGUGGGCCUCCUAUGACUGGAAUGCUGGUGGUUUCUUUGUGGGUGAUGAGUGGUGGGAAAAAGAUGCAGAAGAGGAAGGUUUGUGGUGGCGAUGGAAGCAAGGAAAAAGCUGGUCAAGGUUCAGAGACCAAACUGAUCCAGAUGGCAAGAAGGUGAGUGGCUGGCUGGCCAAGACUUGCGCUGUGAUCCACAUGUAUACCAUGAAGGACCAGGAGGGCAUGGAGCAAGCUCUGAGCAGACUGACCAUGGCCAGAGCUGCUGACUUCAAUUUGGAAGUUGCAAACCCUUUCAUUUUGGGAGACAUCAUUCUGGAUGGAGAUGAAGAUUCUCAGGUGACAGUUUGGGAGAAUGGAGCUCCCACAACAUGGGCAUUACAAUUUGCCAAAUGGAGAAUCUACUUCAAUGUUCCACUUCCAGAUGAUAUUGAAGUAGAACCUGAAGAAGCCCCUGAAGAGGGUCCAGGGUCUACAUCUUCAAGCUCACCUUCCCAAGACUCUACCAAUCAGAAGGGCAAGAAGAGAGCAGAACUCCAUUCCAUCUCCAAGUUGCUAUCUGCAAGACCUGGAGUUUUCGACUUGGAGGUGAAGCUGUGCACAGCUUUGAAGAGAAAACUGCAACUGAUGUCCAAUGUGUCCAGCACUGACCUGGUCCUUUGCUAUGAUGCUUUGAAAGAAGCAAAUCUUCCUCAAACUAUGCAUUGUGAAUUGAUUGCUGUCCUGGACAAGCUGGCUGUUGAAGAAGUGGAGGUCAAAACAGCUGGCAAAGUGAUCCAAGGGGCACAGGACUGCAGGACUUUCUACAAGUAUUUGACAGAGGAGGACAUCAGUGCAUUGCAGAAAAGCAAUAUGUGGGAAGGCUGCACUACUGUUGCAAAACGAAUGAAGUUGCUGGGUAUCAGGGGAAUGAAGGAAAACCUGAAAAGACUUGCCUGUGGAAUUCUGGUUUGGCAUGAGCAGCAAAGAACCAACAAGCUGCCCAUUCCAGAUUCUGUGUACAAUCUCUCCCAACAUCUGGUGCACACCUUGCAGACUGUUGCAAUGGAAGUGCCUGCCAGUGCUUUGAGUUUGGCACAGUACCCUGAUGACCCAGGGAGUUUGAGUAGUAGCCAUUUUGAUGCUUCCUUUCAAGGUGGAAAGCCUAUGAAGGCAGACUUUCCAGGCUUGGCUGGCCUCUUGAACUCCAAGGUUGUGCCUGUGAGGAUGUCCAGUGCUUCUGUCACCUUGGGGAAGGAGAAUGUGCCACCAACUACAUCUCCAAAGCAGCAAGUUGAGCCUGCACCUCCCAGUUCUCAUGCCCUUGUUGACACAAUGAUGUGCAGGCUGCUUCAACAAUUCAAUGCUGUUGGAAACAGCAUCCUUGCUGGCAAUGGUGUGAAAAUAGAAUACUUGCAGACUGGUGCUUCUCAAGAAGCUGCAAAUUCUGGUGCAAGUUCUGCAGGGUCUUUGCCUUUGCCCAUUGAAGCACCUACCUCAGUCACUGUUCAGCAGCCUGCUGUCUCAGCAGCCCCUCCUUCCCAGAGCGAAGUCAAAGCAGGGUCCCACAAUGAUGCUGCUGAAGCUGUCAAUGACCAAAAGACUUUGGAGGACUAUGAAAACGAAAACAUGCAAAAGUUGCUGGACAGGGAUGACAAAAAGACUGCUAAAGGCAGAGGCAAAGGUGCUAGUAAAAACACUGCUGCCAAAGGCAGAGGUGGUGGAAAAGGAAGAGGUGUUAGAAAACUUUGCGAAGGCAAGCCCAAGGGUAUGAAGAGACCAGAUGGUGGUGAACCUUCCAAAAGGAGGAAAAUCAGUGACUUGAGAAAUGCUGUGCCUUAUUGCUCACAGAGUGCUUUGAGUUUGAUCUGUAAGGAAAUUGAGAAGCAUGGCUUGCCAGACCAGAAGAGAAGGCAAGACAUUUGGAAAGAAAACAAAGACUUGCUGGAAAGCACUGCAAUGUGCAAAUAUGGUCCUCUUUUGCAAACAAUGGCUGCACAAGUGCUGCCAGAAAAGCAGAGCAUAUCAGGUGCUUUGGAGACAGGCUCACACUUGGAGAUCUUCUAUGUGAAUAUUCUGCCCUUCUUGGCUGGUGUGUGCCACAAAUGUGGUUCAUUUACUGAUUGGCUGCUCAAAUUCCACAGUCUGAAGCCUUCAAGUGCCACUCAGCCAUGGAAAGCCGUGGUGUAUGUGGAUGAAGUCCACCCAGGAAACAUCCUCAACAGCAGUGGGAGAAAAGCAUGGUGUUGCUACAUGUCGUUUUUGGAGCUAGGAUCCAUGCUGUCCAAAGAAGACCUUUGGAUUUGCCUCUUUGUUGUGAGGAGCUCAGAAGUUCAGCUACUGGAAGCAGGCAUCAGCCAAGUAGUUCGACUCUUACUUGAAAGGCUUUUUGCUCAUGAUCAGCCUCAAACUGGUGUGCUGCUUUCAAGUGCCAAGGGAAAUGUGAGACUUUUUUUUACACUGGGAAUGUUUUUGCAAGAUGGAGCUGCUCAGAAGGCUGUUUGGGCAAACCGCCAAGACAGUGGUUCAAAGCCUUGCAUGUUGUGCAAGAACCUUUUUCAUUUAAGGCAUGACCAUGGUGAAGGUGAACCAGCUGACAAAAUAUUCAGCCAGUAUGUCAAAUAUUCCCAGCUAGACAUUGCCAAAGAUGAUGAACUCCUGGAAGCCUGGUCCAGGAUAGAAGCCAAGAGCAGAACUUCCACAGCAAAGGAAUUCCAGAGAUGGCAGCAAGCUUCAGGCAUUUCUUGGAGCCAUCAUGCAUUGAUGGCAAGCCCAGCCUUGAAAGCAGCAGGCUUGCUGAAGCCUGCUUCCCUCUACUGCUUUGAUUGGAUGCAUGGGUUGUGUUCCAAUGGGGUUCUCAAUGACAUUGUCUUUGCAGUUUUGGAGAGCUUAGAUGCAGCUGGAUACAAAGUUUGGGACACUCUUCAUUCUUGGUUGGCGCUGUGGGUUUUGCCUCAGCAGCAAAGCAGCUUUAAUCUGUCAAAGCUUUUUGAAAAGCCAAAGGCUGCAAGCUGCAGGAAAGCUAGGCAUUUCAAAUGCUCAGCUUCUGAGAUGUUGACUUUGUACAAACCUUUGCAAUAUUUUCUUGAAGUGAUGUUUUCAGCCAACAAUGUGAUGCUUGAAGUUUGUGCAUGCUUUGAUGCUUGGGCACAGGUGUUGGACUUUUUGGUCUCUAUCCCACAUCUUCCAAAUGCUUUGCCUGCAGAUUUGUUGACCUUGGUUGAAAAUGCAUUGGAAGCAACAAAGAAUGCUGGAUAUGGUGAAGAGAUGAAACCCAAGCACCAUUGGACAUUGCAUUACAGUGAUUGCUUUGGGCGCUGGAGGCAGAUGCCUGCUUGCUGGGCAAUGGAGAGGAAGCACAAGCUCCCCAGGAGGUAUGGCAGUGCACAUUGCAAUUUGUCAAGCUUUGACAAAGGCGUUUUGACCUCAGUCACUGUUCAGCAGAUCCAUACUUUGCUCAAUGACACAGACCUUUUCAAUACAAGUUGCCAUCUGAUCAACCCUCGACCACUACCAAAGAAACUGGUGGAAAAGCUGAAGGAGCUCAAUUUCUUUUUUGAAGGACUGCAAAGUGCAACUGAAUGCAAGCUUGCCUCUGGGUCUUCUUGCUCACUUGGGGAUGUUGUGUUCUUGCAAGGUGGCAUGGGUGGCUUCCCUUGGAGGUGUGGCAAGGUGAAGCACCUCUUGCUUGCUGGAGUACAAGUGUGCUUAUUGGAAAUGUUCACAUUCAUUGACACGAAGGGCAAGCAUGCAACCAUGUGGCACAGCUCAACUGAUUGCUUGGAACUCGCCCUGCUUGAAGAAUUGGUGCAGCCAGUGGUUCACAACUUUGGGAAGAAUGGCAAAGUAACAUUUGAGCAGGAGGACGAGGAGGAGAAGGAGGAGGAGAAGGAGGUGGUGGCCACAGCAGCGCGUUUGCAAGCUGUGUGGAGCCGCUGCGGUGGUGGCCACAGCAGCGCGUUUGCAAGCUGUGUGGAGCCGCUGCGGUGGUGGCCACAGCAGCGCGUUUGCAAGCUGUGUGGAGCCGCUGCGCAGCCUUUUAAGGUGGUGGCCACAGCAGCGCGUUUGCAAGCUGUGCGGCAGACGAGCAAAUCGUGUUUGAAACUCAAGCAGGGGAAAUGCAAUGUUGGAGACUUUGCAUAUUCCUGGUUGCUUUGCGUGUGGGUCUGA